AUGCCUACUUGGUGGGCGAGAAAAUCCGGCAAGAACAAAGACGAUACUCACCUUGUUCACAGCCAACCUCGCUGUGUUGCCGACAAGAGUAGCAGAAGAAUCUCCUUGGAUAACAAAACUUCCGGCGAUCCUCCCACUCCUUCUCGCCUCACUCCUCGUUGCAGUCGUGAAUUCGCCGGAGCUUCCGGUUUCUCCGGGUUCGAUUCCGACGAGAAGAAAUGUCAUCCUCUUCCUCGUCCAUCGCUCUCUACUUCGGUUCCCAGCGAUCACGUAAACGGAUUGGUCUCCGGAUCGACCUCUAUCUCUAGCGUUAGCUCGUCUGGGUCAGCUGAAGAUCAGAGUCAACCCAAUGGUUCCAGGGGACAUUGCGAUGUGAAAUCCAACGCAGCGGCAGCUUCUCCGAGGGCAGCAACUAGACCCACGUCUCCACUACAUCACCGAUUAUCUGGCAUGAGCUUAGAUUCUUCGACAGGGAGGAAUGAUGAUGGAAGAUCCUCAGAGUAUCACCCUUUGCCUCUGCCGCCAGGUUCUCCUACAAGCCCCUCUGUUGCGCCGCCGUGUUCUUCUCCUACAAGCCCUUCUUCUGUGCAAGGGUCCUGGACUAGAGGAGGAUCCGAGACGUCUCCUUCAGGGUUUUCGAAGUGGAAGAAAGGGAAAUUUAUAGGGAGUGGCACUUUUGGGCAAGUCUAUCAAGGGUUUAACAGUGAGAAAGGAAAAAUAUGUGCUAUUAAAGAGGUCAAGGUCAUCUCUGACGACAAAACGUCAAAAGAAUGUCUGAAGCAACUAAAUCAGGAGAUAAAUGUACUGAGCCAGCUUUGUCAUCCGAAUAUUGUUCAGUAUUACGGGAGUGAACUGAGUGAAGAAACCUUGUCUGUGUACUUGGAGUAUGUAUCUGGUGGCUCGAUUUAUAAACUACUCUCGGAGUAUGGUCCUUUCACUGAACCUGUCAUCCAAAACUACACACGGCAGAUUCUCGCUGGGCUAGCCUAUUUACAUGGACGAAAUACAGUGCAUAGGGACAUCAAAGGAGCAAAUAUAUUAGUGGAUCCGAAUGGUGAAAUCAAGUUAGCAGACUUUGGGAUGGCCAAACAUGUAUCCGCUUUUUCUACAAUGCUUUCUUUCACAGGGAGUCCUUAUUGGAUGGCACCUGAGGUUGUGAUGCACAAACUUGGCUACACCAUUGCAGUCGAUGUGUGGAGUUUGGGUUGUACUAUUCUCGAAAUGGCAACAGCAAAGCCACCUUGGAGCGAGUUUGAAGGGGUCGCUGCGAUUUUCAAAAUCGGGAACAGCAAAGACAUUCCAGAAAUACCUGAUCACCUUUCAAACGAUGCAAAGAAUUUUAUAAGGCUUUGUCUGCAACGAAACCCAACAGUACGUCCUACAGCUGCUCAGCUUUUAGAACACCCUUUUCUCCGAGUACACUCCACAAGAGUGGCUAAUACCAGCACGCCUAAAGAAGCCUCCACACGUUCCUAUGAUGGAAGUGGAAGCACACUGCCUACAAGGGAGCCACUCUAUCCAGGGAGACAUCCAGUCUUUCACCCUAUAAAGAGCCCGAGAGAAAAUGCAAGAGCCAUCACAUCCUUGCCAGUAUCUCCAUGUUCAAGCCCUUUACGCCAACUUGGACCAGCAUACAAAAGUUGUUUCCUGUCACCUCCUCACCCAUCUUACUCAUUUCCCGUGCACGACAAUGGGUACAACCUAGCGGAGUUUGCUGCAAGUCCGUUUAGGUUCAAGAAAGACACAAUGGUAGAACCAUCUAGCUACAGAGCUCAAACGCCGAAUUCACCUCUUAGAUCAAGACUGGUGUAG